GAAGAUCGAGUGCAGAAUUUUCUCCAUCGAGUUCUUUGCAAGACCCGGAGAGGGUGACGUUUGGGGAUGAGAUCACAAAAUACGUGGUGAUUCAUCCCUUUCUCUGUUCAUUUCCAUACAGAUUCCACUCAAGGCCCAAGAAGAAUCCGAACUUUUCUUCUAUAUAAGGGACCUCAUUGAAUCCUCCCAUCUGUCUCCAUUCAAAAAAAAUAAAUAAAAAGGAGGCCAUCCGAUAGACACUACGCACAGGGUUUUGCAUCCUUCAUGGACUCCGCGUGGAUCGAUCGCUCCUCCCUGAGUCUCGACCUCAGUGUCGGACCUCUCUCGUUCCCCGACCAAGCUCCGAUUUUAAAGAGGGAGCAGCUUCAUACCAAUCCCAUGCAUGUCCGAGGGAGGGAUUCGAUGAAAGAUGAGACCCAAGAUUUGGAGGCCAAGUUGAAUCGGAUAAGUGAGGAGAACAAGAAGUUGAAUGAGUUGCUUAGCGCCAUGUACGCCAACUACAGCACCCUCCGGAGCCAGUUUUUUGAUUUCAUGACCACAUCUCCUAAAGAGAAGGGGCCGAUUUCGCCAUCGAGAAAGAGGAAGAGUGAGAGCCUCGAAACGAUCAGUUUCGGAGACAAGACUCCCGAGAGGACCGAUGUUUUCAGCAAUCGUGUCGAGAGCACAUCGAGUGAAGAUUCUUGCAAGAGAUUGAGGGAAGAUCCUAAGCCCAAGAUCUCCAAGAUUUAUGUGAAAACAGACCCAUCCGAUUCGAGUCUGGUGGUGAAGGAUGGAUAUCAAUGGAGGAAGUAUGGUCAGAAGGUCACCAGAGACAAUCCUUCUCCUAGAGCUUACUUUCGAUGCUCCUUUGCUCCUUCCUGUCCUGUUAAGAAGAAGGUUCAGAAGAGUGCUGAAGAUAGAUCAUUCUUGGUAGCAACAUAUGAAGGCGAGCACAACCAUGGCCACCCUUCGCAGAAUGAACUAGCUCAUGGCUCUUGCCACAAAGGAUCACUACCGUGCUCGGUCUCCAUCAACUCUCCAGGCCCAACAAUCACCCUUGACCUCACGCAACAAGGACUGCGACCGAAUUUUGGGAGGGCUUCCAGGGAAAUAGAGUCGCCAGAAUUCCAAAGACUUUUGGUGGAGCAGAUGGCCUCAUCAUUGACAAAAGAUCCAAAUUUUACAGCUGCACUUGCGACCGCAAUCUCGGGAAGAAUUCUUCAGCAUCCACAAGUUUAAAGUCGAGCAAAUUACACCUACUCCUUGGCUUUAAUGUGCUCUUCAUGCUCUUGUAGAGUUCUGCUUUUUAUGUAUAUAUAGAAUGUUUCAGCAUUAAAUAUCAAAUGUCAUUGGUGGUUCAGUUCAUGACCGAGUUGAUUAGUACUAUGAUGAACAGCUUCUGUUUUGUUAAUUUAAACAAUAAGAACCCAAUUGAACCACAGGAGAAAUUGAUUUUUCGAGUUGCUAA